GCACUCUUCCCAGCUUUUCUAGGGGAAUACCAGAGUGUUCCCAAGCUAGCCAAGAGAUCUUAAUCAGAACAAGAACCCACAGGAUGUGGCACAAGACCAAGGCCUCACCCUGCAACACAAAGGAUCUACAUCCAGGCUACCAACCAAAGGACACCUCAGAUGCUGAGGGGCUGCUGACGUGAACACAGAGCAGGAGGGUUGGGCUGAAAUCACAAUAAAAGGUGGCUGGAGUCGGCUUUUCAUCCAGUGCUCCACACGCCAGGCAACUUCUGCUGCUGACUGCAACGUGAACCAGACUGAAGGAAGUCACAUUAAAGAUGCAGAGGUGCUUUGGGAUAUUUUGCAUGUCGCUCAUCUUUUGUGCAACUCUUUCCGAGACCAUCGGGCUAGUUGUUGCGGCAAAAGAAAAGCGUGGCUGGACUCUGAACAGUGCUGGCUACUUGUUAGGGCCCCGUCGUAUUGAUCACCUAAUUCAGAUAAAGGAUUCUCCCAGUGCCAGAGGCAGAGACGAGCUGGUCACUCAAUAUGGACUACAUGGACACACGACACUAGGAGACAAGCCGGGUCUGGCUGGGAAGAGGGACAUAGGCCAGGAGGAGGACUUCAGAACAGGCGCCCUGAGAAUAGCAGAUGAAGAAAUUAUCCACACUGUCAUUGACUUCUUGUCAUACCUCAAACUUAAAGAGAUGGGAGCCUUGGACAGCCUGCCUCCUUCUGUCACAUCAGAUGAACUGGCCAAUCCCUAAGGCUUUUGCUUCUCUGUUAUAAUUGUUGUGUUUCAACUCUUCUCUGGACUCCAACUGCCAUAAAUGUAUUGUAGCUCCUAAAUGUUACAAUAUUGUAGCUCCUAGCACACUGGUAGGUUGGUAGAUUUGUUCUGGUACCAUCUGACUGACUGACCCUCAAUAUCAGAUCUUUCACCUCUUGUGUAAACAAAAUUUUAUAUCCUCUUAAAGCCAGUAGUUGUGUACUGACUAUAGGUGGAUCUACAGAAUUGGUACUUUUGUAUAAAAACAACUCUAUAUUAUCACCAGAAUAUACUAUUAUGUGUUUUCAGAGAAUGGAGUGAAAUAAAAUAAAUGGCACUAGACUCA